CUCAUAGCCCUCAGACUGUCUUCACAUCCCGAGGAUCCCCUCCUCUACCCUGCCCCACAUUCUCCUCUGGGAGCCCCUUCUUGGCUCUCCAUCUGAAAGGGCCCAAGCCUGUUUCUCAGUACUUUCCUCCCCCAGAAUUCUCUCCACUGCAUCUACUUGGCUUUUGUGUCUGCAUUUACACCUAUGCCUGCAUCCUGGGGGCAUGUGCCAUCUCCCUCUUUGGGCAGAGAGAGUUGCUGUGUCUUCCUCGCCCUUGCUAACCACUGCCCCCUCCUCCACUAUCCCCCGGCCUCCAGCUGCUAGUGGACGGGGCAAGUCUCUGCAAUCACGGUGCCACUGAGGACAAUGAGGGAGUGAUGGAUGAUGAGGGGUGCUCCCUUAGGAAAAAACCAGCCCUGGUUCUCCAUCUUAUUUCUGAAAAAGAGUUUGUUGGCUGCUUUUCAAUUAAAAGCAGAUGAUUAAUUCAGCUCUGGCCUUGUUCUGUCUUUGAAUAACAGAUACAUUAGUUUACUUGAAAAGAAAUACUUUCAUUUGUAUUUCCAUGUCACCUGUGAUUUUCCCUGCCUUGCACCCUCAGCCCUGCCAGUUGGCAAGAAGACGGUCAGCAAAGCUGCUGCUAAGAGGAGUAUAAAGAGGGCUUGGUCCAAGCAAAAGGGCAGUGGUCUAGUCCAUCGGCAACAUGCUGCGCUUCCUGGUGUUCGCAACCCUGGUCCUUUAUGGACACAGCACCCAGGACUUUCCAGAAACCAACGCCCGCGUAGUGGGAGGGACUGAGGCCAGGAGGAAUUCAUGGCCCUCUCAGAUUUCCCUCCAGUACCUGUCUGGAGGUUCCUGGUACCACACCUGCGGAGGGACCCUCAUCAGACAGAACUGGGUGAUGACAGCUGCUCACUGCGUGGAUUCCCCGAAGACUUUCCGCGUGGUGGUUGGAGACCAUAACCUGAGCCAGAACGAUGGCACCGAGCAGUACGUGAGUGUACAGAAGAUCGUGGUGCAUCCAAACUGGAACAGCAAUAACGUGGCUGCCGGCUAUGACAUCGCCCUGCUGCGCCUGGCCCAGAGCGUUACCCUCAAUAGCUAUGUCCAGCUGGGUGUUCUGCCCCAGGAGGGAGCCAUCCUGGCUAACGACAGUCCCUGCUACAUCACAGGCUGGGGCAGGACCAAGACCAAUGGGCAGCUGGCCCAGACCCUGCAGCAGGCUUAUCUGCCCUCUGUGGACUACGCCAUCUGCUCCAGCUCCUCCUACUGGGGCUCCACUGUGAAGAACACCAUGGUGUGUGCUGGUGGAGAUGGAGUUCACUCCGGAUGCCAGGGUGAUUCUGGGGGUCCCCUCCAUUGCUUGGUGAAUGGCAAGUAUUCUGUCCACGGAGUGACCAGCUUUGUGUCCAAGCAGGGUUGUAAUGUCUCCAGGAAGCCUACAGUCUUCACCCGGGUCUCUGCUUACAUUUCCUGGAUAAAUAAAACCAUUGCCUCCAACUGAACAUUUUCCUGAGUCCAAUGACCUUCCCAAAAUGGUUCUUAGAUCUGCAACAGAACUUGCGAUCAUCAAGUAAAAAACAUUCUAAAAGACUAUUGAGCCAUUGAUAGA